AUGACGCAGAACAGUUCCUACAGCUGUCUGAUAGAGAAUGCUGAUAGCAUGGCUAACGCUAGCGUGUUCGAGUGGGCGAGUAAAGGUGACGCUGUAGCUCUGGAUUACCUGAGCAGGAAGAGUCCAUCUCACCUGAGCUGUACGGAUGAGGGCGGAGCCGCACCCAUCCAUCACGCCGCGGCUAACGGGAACCUGGACGUCAUUCAGCUCAUCCAGUCCAUAGUGGGACCAGGGGAGCUGGACGUCCCGGAUGCUGAGGGUCGAACCCCUCUACACCUCGCCGUGGAGAAGAACCAGGAGUCCAGCUGUGCGCUGCUGCUGGAACUGGGCGCCAAUCCAAACAUCCUCAACACAGCCAUGAUGGCGCCUCUUCACCUGGCCAUCACCCGAAAUCACAACAACUUGCUCCAUGUGCUUCUGUCCUGCCGGCGGACGGACGUGAACCUGGAGGGAGAUUUGGGGAACACCCCUGUGAUGGUCGCCUGUUCCAGCAACAACUGUGAUGCUCUUUACACUCUGUUCAAAUACGGAGCCAAACUGUGUCACCAGAACAAACUGGGACAUUACGCCAUCCACACCGUGGCAUUCUCCGGUGCCAAGGAAGCCAUGGAGGUGGUUCUGCAGAAAGGAGAGGAGAUGGGCGUCUCCACGUCCACCCACAUCAAUUAUGUAGAUAAAUCGAAGAGCAGCCCGUUACACCUGGCUGUACGAGGAGGAAACAUCGAGGUCAUCAAACUCUGCAUCACUAAAGGAGCCAAAAUCGAGCAGAGACAGUUUGAUAAAUCCACGGCGCUACACUUCGCCUGCACUCAGGGGGCGAUGGAGGCCGUACAGGCCAUGCUGCGCUCCUACCUACAGCUCAGUGACGUCAUCAUCAACAUCACGGACGGGGCCAAUCAGACACCGUUACACAGAGCGACGUUGUUUGAUCAUGUGGAGCUGGUGGAGUUUCUCAUUUCUCAGGGCGCGGAGAUCGACCCCGUGGACUGUAAUGGACUGACUCCGUUACUGCUGGCUACAACCUGCAGCGCCUGGAGAACCGUUUCAUUCCUCCUGUCUCAGGGCGCAGAUUUCAGAGUGAAAGAUAAAUCAGGACAGAACUUCCUCCAUCUCAUCAUCUUCCAACCCAGAGGACUGAAGAACCUUCCAGAACAUGUUCUACAGGAUGAGGGUGUGAGGAAGCUGAUGAGUGAUAAAGAUCUGGACGGCUGCACCCCGCUCCACUACGCCUGCAAACUGGGAGUCCACCAGUCAGUCAAAAACAUGCUGGGAUUAGAGAUCUGCCCAGCUCACAAAUCCAGAGAGAAGAAAUCAGCACUGCACUUUGCUGCUGAGUACGGUCGAGUGAACACAUGUCUCAGACUGUUGGAGAUGAUCAGCGACUCUCGUCUGUUGAACGAGGGCGACGAGAACGGACUCACGCCGCUGCACCUGGCCUCUAGAGGGGGCCACGUUAAAGUGGUGGACCUGCUGCUCAGGAGGGGGGCGCUCUUCCAAAACGAUUAUAAAGGCUGGUCGUGUUUACACCAUGCAGCAGCUGAAGGAUUCACCCAGACCAUGAUCACCCUGCUCUCGGCUAAUACCAAACUGCUGGAUUGCAGCGAUGAAGACGGGAACACGGCUCUGCAUGUGGCGGCCAGUAAAGGUCACGUCGCGGCGGUGAAGCUCUUACUGAACCGAGGGGCCGAGAUCGUUCUGAACAGGGACCACGCCUCGUUCUUCCACGAAGCGGUGAGGAACGGCAAAACCGACGUCGCUAACGCCAUCAUCGACCACGAGAGGUGCACGGAGGCUGUAAGCCAGUUUAAAACGGGUUUGAGUCGCUGCCCUGUACUGGAUCUCAUCGAGUUCCUGCCUGAAUCCUCAAAGCAUCUUCUGGAUCUGUGUUUAAUAGAAUCAGAGCACGACCCCAACAACAUCGACUACCACAUCAUGUACAACUUCAAGUGGCUUCAGGCUCCAAUCAAAAUGCAGAAAAAUUCCAAGAAAAUUAUUCAACCUCUGGGAGCUCUGAACGCGAUGGUUCAGUAUAACCGGUUGGAGCUUCUCACUCACCCUGUCUGUCAGAAAUAUCUGGAGAUGAAAUGGACGGCGUACGGUAGUAAAGCUCACCUGUUGAAUUUAGCAGUGUGCCUGCUGGGAUUGCUGCCCCUCACCUACCUCGUCAUAGACCUCAAACCUGGUAACAACAAUUCGACGAACAUCACGGGGGGCGCCGCCGAGCUGCUGUCCUUCAGCACGCAAAGCUGUUUGAUUUCGGUCUCCAUGCUGAUGGUUCUCAUCAUGAACGUCUACGCCGUCUGUAAGGAGCUGGUGCAGAUCAGUCAGCAGAGGAUGAUUUACUUCCUGGACGCCUCGAACGUAUCUGAUUGGGCCACGGCGCUUUUCUCUCUGGCCUUCGUGGUUCCGAUGUUUUUCGGGGUGGAGAGGGAAUCGUACUGGACGUGUGGAGCUCUGGCCAUUUUAUUCGCCUGGAUCAACUUCCUGCUCUACUUCCAAAGGUUCGAGCGUUUAGGGAUUUACGUGGUGAUGUUUGGUGAGAUCAUCAGAACUCUGGUCAGCGUCCUCGUCCUCUUCCUCUUCCUCCUGCUGGCGUUCGGUCUCUCCUUCUACGCCCUCAUGCUCCACCGAAUGGAGUUUAAUUCCAUCCCACUGGCUCUGGCUCAGACCUUCGUGAUGACGGUCGGGGAGCUGAACUAUCAGAACUUGUUACUGGAACCGUAUGAACAUGGACUGCUGACGUUUCCUAGAAUCACCUACUUCAUCUUUGUGCUGUUUGUUCUCCUCAUGCCUAUUCUGCUCAUGAACCUGAUGAUCGGUUUGGCGGUGGGCGACAUCGCCGAAGUUCAGAGAAACGCUUCACUCAAGAGAAUCGCCAUGCAGAUUAAUCUGCACACCAAUCUGGAGGAGAAACUUCCUUACUGGUUCAUAAACAGAGUGGAUAAAUCCAGUAUCACUAUCUACCCAAACAGGAAGUGCGCCAGGAUAUGGGGGAUGAUGGACCAGUUCUGUGGGAGCUUUGAUCAGGAGACUGAAGUUCGGACUCGUGUGAGUUCAUCGUCGUCGUCGAGUACCAGCAGCCCUCUGGAGAGAGAACUCAUCAAGCAGAAACACAGGUUGAAGGAAAUCUCGUCCGUCCUGGAUAAACAGCACACGCUGCUAAAGCUCAUCAUCCAGAAGAUGGAGAUCAACACCGAGGCCGACGAGAACGACGGACCCGUCGACAUGCGCUCCAUCGCCAGGGCUAAAUCCCGUAAAUCACGCUGGGCCCCUCUGAUGAAAGCCCUCGAGGCCAGAAAAUGCUCCUCCACAUGCUGA